CUGGUAGAGAUAGCUUAGUGUCGUAGGAGUGUGCGAUGAGGCCCAAGUAGCCCCAGUAGAUACUCUUCUGUUCGUAUCGUCCUCAGGCACCUUGAGGGACCGCGAUCUUCGGAGGGGGGCACCUGCAACACAGCUCGUACCACAGUGCCCGCUUGUCGCCAUUUUAGAGACCGACACCACCACACCCCAUCGUAUUUUAAAAUCAAGUCAUACACCUCUUUAAUGGGAACGGGUCGUCAUCGGCCCGGGGGACGGGAAAUCCAUCAAACUGGAACUAAUGGAAUUGGAGAAUAUUGUGGCCAAUACGGUUUAUCUCAAAGCCAGGGAAGGUGGUGCAGAUAGUAACAAGGGAAAGAGCAAAAAAUGGAAGAAAAUAUUACAAUUUCCUCAUGUUUCUCAAUGUUUACAUUUAAAAAACAAAAUAGAUGUAAAGUAUAGCUAUGUUGUUGAUCAGCAGCCAAUCGGUAGGCUUUUGUUCAGACAAUUUUGUCAAGAAGCCAAACCGAAAUAUCAUAGGUAUAAUGUUUUCCUUGAUUCUAUUGAAAAGUAUGAAGUGGAAUCUGAUGAGAAUCGGGUGGAUCAAGCCCAAAACAUAUAUGACAGAUACCUGAAAAAUCACGCACCAUCGCCGAUAGAUGUUUUGAAUCAGUCAUUGAUCGAGGCAGUUAAAGAAAAACUGAACUCUGGGAACCGUGAACUAUUUGAUGAUAUGAAGGCAACUGUCAAAACAUUUCUGGCUGGUGAACCAUUCCAUCUUUUUGAGGAUUCCAUGUAUUUUCAUCGGUAUUUACAAUGGAAGUGGCUUGAAAGUCAACCUGUGACCUACAAAACUUUUAGAAUGUACAGAGUCCUCGGUAAAGGUGGCUUCGGAGAAGUAUGUGCAUGUCAAGUUCGAGCAACUGGGAAAAUGUAUGCCUGCAAAAAGUUAGAGAAAAAAAGGAUUAAAAAAAGAAAAGGAGAAGCCAUGGUAUUAAUUGAAAAACAAAUUCUGCAGAAAAUAAACUCUAAAUUUGUUGUGAGUUUGGCAUAUGCUUACGAGACGAAGGAUGCACUCUGCCUUGUCUUGACAAUUAUGAAUGGUGGUGACCUGAAAUUCCAUAUUUAUAAUAUGGGCGGGGAACCAGGAUUUGACAUUGUUCGGGCUAGGUUUUACGCUGCAGAGGUACUAUGUGGACUGGAACAUCUUCAUUAUCAAGGCUUAGUUUACAGAGAUUGCAAACCUGAGAACAUUCUGUUGGAUGAUGCUGGUCAUGUGAGAAUCUCUGACCUCGGUUUGGCGGUAGAAAUACCUGAAGGGGAAAUGGUGAGAGGGCGAGUUGGGACUGUUGGCUACAUGGCUCCUGAAGUGAUUGACAAUGAGAGAUAUACUUUCAGUCCAGAUUGGUUUAGUUUCGGAUGUCUAGUUUAUGAAAUGAUCGAAGGGCAGGCUCCGUUUCGGGCAAGGAAAGAAAAAGUCAAGAGGGAAGAAGUAGACAGGAGGGUCAAGUCAGACCAAGAAAAGUAUUCGUCAAAGUUUCCAGAGGAAGCCAAGUCUCUAUGUAAACAGUUAUUGAAGAAGACGGUUAAAUCUCGAUUGGGUUGCCACUGUGGUAGAUACGGAGCCAGGGAAGUGAAGCAGCAUGACUUCUUCAAAGCACUCAACUGGAAAAGGCUUGAAGCUGGAAUGGUCGAUCCUCCUUUUGUUCCUGAUCCGCAUGCGGUCUACGCCAAAGAUGUUCUUGACAUUGAGCAGUUUUCUACCGUGAAGGGCGUCAACCUAGAUGCUACUGAUGAUACGUUUUAUUCAAAAUUCAAUACUGGAUCUGUCUCUAUACCUUGGCAACAAGAGAUGAUCGAAACUGAAUGCUACAAGGAAUUGAAUGUUUUUGGCCCCUGCGGUACUCCAUCUCCUGACCUCAUAUUACAAGCAGUACCACAGCCGGAAAAGAAAGGUUGCUUCCCAUUUAGAAGAAAGAAGAAACAGUCAGCCCGAAGCAUGCCUGUUCCAAUAGACGAACUCUAUUUGACUCCGAAGAACGAAAUCAGCUGAUCGAAUUCCACCAGCAAGAUAUGAACUCUUUAUUUAUUUAUAUAACUCUUUUUAACAUCUCUCAGAUCCCUUUUUAAACUUUCGACGAUGAAACUAUAUGUUCGACUCGGAAAAAUGUGCCAAGAGUUAAUCGUGCCAAAAUUAAAUACGGUAAUAUUGGUAUAUAUAUAUGUUACUUUUGUAACAUUAUCUUUUAAUAUUAUUCACUUGAUACAUACUUAUGUAUACAUACGUGUCAAUAUAUUUAUUAAAUAAUUAAUAAUUAUACUUUAAAAAUGUAAUUGAAAGGAUAUUAAUGAAGCAUCACAUUUUUAAACGGGUAUGUGUAUAUAAUAAGAAAUCAGUCAAAUGACGAUGUAUUUUAGAUUUUAGUUAACUCAACUGAUGUAUAUAGGUAGUUUAUUUCUAUUGUGUAUAAACUGUCUUAGUUACCAAUUAUGUAAUAAUUUCACUCGAAAAACUAAAAAAAAAAACUUUUAUACUGGAUAAUUGAAUAGGCAUGUUUUACUUUUCAGGUUGCGUUUUGAAAAUAGAAUUGAUGUUACAUAGGAGAUACAAAGCUUUGAUGACUUUUGAGUUGAGCUUUGCGAGGUUAUUGUGAUCUUUUUUCAAUCUGCAUAAUUAAUGUAUUUGUAUGUACAUACAUAAAUAUUUAUUUUAUGUAUAUUAGUUUUGUUAUUUUGUACAUAGGUGUUCUGUAGUUUCUCAUAUUAUUUAUUACCUCAUUGAUCCAUGACAUUGUUAAGAUUCAGUCGUAAGACAUUUUAUUAGUUUUUAAGGUGGUUCUAUAGUUUAGUACUUGAGCUCUAUUCAUAGCUCAUUUAUGAUAAUUUAUUUAUUUAUUUUAGUUUUUUUUUUUUCUUUUAAGAUUAAAUUUGUUAUUUUAUCUUUAGCUAGAAUAAGAUAGUUUUCUUAUUUUAUUUUUUCUGGAAAAAUUAUAUUAAGUUAUUGCAUUUAAAAUUUUAUGAAAUUGAAUAUGUUACAGUCUUUCAACCGGAA